GAUAGCCGAUAAAAACCAAGAAAUUAAUAUAAAAUUAAAAACUAAAAAAGACUGGGUAGCUUAUUUUCAAAAUUCAAUAACAUAUACUUGAAUACUGUCUGUAUAAUAAUUUUAGUAUGUUCUAUAAUAAUUAAACCCAAUACUUGCAAAGUAAACAAAUGUAUUUAUUUUAAUUUUAAUAAUUUGCUGUACUAAUUUAUUUAUUUGUAAUGUAUUUUAUAAAAAAUAUUUGUAUAAAACAACAUCAUAGAUACUUUUCUUAUUUAUUAAGACUGCACAGAUGUGGAAAACAAAAUAGUUCUGCAAUAUUGAUGCAAAAAAGAUAUAAAAAAGAUGACAUUUUAUCAACUUUAUUUGUUCCUGUACCAGUCAAACCAAAUCCUGACGACAUAAAUGUUGGUGCAGAACUAACCGGAAGUUUAAAUAAAGGCGAUUUACUAAAAAUACUUAAUAGGUUUUAUCAAAAAAAUGAAAUCAAACAACUUGCUAUGGAAAAUGGAUUAGAUAAUUAUCUGCAGCACCAAGCUUAUAUAAGUUUUAGAAGGUUUUGUCUGGAAGCUAAUACUUUACCUGUUGAUCUUCAUGUUGUUAUAAGUGACAUUUUACAAGGUGCUGGUCAUGUGGAUGAUAUAUUUCCAUAUUUCUUACGGCAUGCGAAACAAAUGUUUCCACAUCUUGAAUGUAUGGAUGAUUUGAAAAAAAUUAGCGAUUUACGAACACCCGCUAAUUGGUAUCCAGAAGCUAGAGCUAUCAACCGUAAAAUCAUAUUUCAUGCAGGUCCUACUAAUAGUGGAAAAACAUAUCACGCAUUAGAAAAAUAUUUAUCAUCAAAUUCUGGUGUAUAUUGUGGUCCAUUAAAGUUGUUAGCCACUGAAGUUUAUCGUAAAGCAAAUGAAAGGGGUACACCGUGUGACUUGGUGACGGGAGAAGAAAGAAAAUUCGCCGAUGGGAAAAGUGAAGCUUCCAAACAUGUUUCAUGUACUGUGGAAAUGGCAAAUGUAAAUGUACCUUACGAAGUAGCAGUUAUUGAUGAAAUACAAAUGAUGAAAGAUCCUAGUCGUGGCUGGGCAUGGACUAGAGCCUUAUUAGGCGUUGUAGCCAAUGAAGUUCAUGUUUGUGGAGAAGAAGGAGCAGUUGAUUUAGUAAAAGGUUUAAUGACUACCACUGGAGAAGAUGUUCAGGUAUACAGGUAUAAACGGCUUACAGACUUAGCUAUUGAAGAUUCAGCGGUUUCUAAUCUAGAUAAUAUAAUGCCUGGUGAUUGUAUUGUAUGCUUCAGCAAAAACGACGUUUACACGGUCAGCCGAGGUAUCGAAUCUAGAGGAGUCGAAGUUGCAGUCAUUUAUGGAGGUUUACCCCCCAACACAAAAUUGGCCCAAGCUCAAAAGUUUAACGAUCCAAAUAAUUCUUGUAAUGUCCUUGUUGCCACUGACGCUAUUGGCAUGGGAUUAAACUUGAGUAUCAGAAGAGUUAUAUUUUAUUCACUUAUAAAACCAACGUUAAACGAGAAGGGGGAAAAAGAAAUGGAUACCAUAUCCGUGUCUCAAGCGUUGCAAAUCGCUGGACGAGCUGGACGGUACGGCACGCAAUAUGAAAAGGGCUAUGUAACCACAUUCAAACCACAAGAUUUAUCUACACUCAAACACAUAUUAUCUGGAACACCUGAGCCCAUAAUUAAAGCCGGACUCCAUCCGACCGCUGAUCAAAUUGAACUGUAUGCUUAUCAUUUACCAAAUUCAACCCUAGCAAAUCUUGUAGAUAUAUUUAUAUCACUAUCUAUAGUCGACGAUUCCUUGUAUUUCAUGUGUAAUAUCGAAGACUUUAAAUUUCUUGCCGAUAUGAUACAGCAUGUACCUUUGCCAUUGAGAGCAAGGUAUGUUUUCUGCUGUGCGCCCAUUAAUAGAAAGAUGCCUUUUGUUUGCACAAUGUUCCUCAAAUACGCCAGACAGUAUAGUAGAAACGAGUCAAUUACGUUUGAUUGGUUGUGCAAACAUAUCGGCUGGCCCUUUACUAUUCCGAAAACAAUUAUUGAUUUGGUACAUUUAGAAGCUGUUUUCGAUGUUUUGGAUUUAUACUUGUGGUUUAGUUAUAGAUUUACAGACUUGUUUCCUGAAGCAAAUCUAGUAAGAGAUAUGCAAGCAGAACUAGAUGACAUUAUUGAACAAGGAGUUGUGCAAAUAACAAGAUUAUUAAAGAAUUCUGAAAGUUCUAGUCCUGGCGGUGAUUCUAUAGAAGAAGAUUUUAAUGUUGCCAGACGUAAACAUAACUAUUUAAGGGAGUCGGCUCAAAAAAAUAUUAAUAAAAAUAUUAGUAAGGGAAGACUUACUGAAAGGCUUCUUGCUCAAGGAUUAUUGACGCCAAAUAUGUUAAAUGAACUACAAAAAGAAUGGAGCAAACGUAAAAAUAAUGCUGCAAAUGAUGUUAUUGACGAUAGUGAUGAUGACAAUGAUGAUGAUCCUCCCCCAAAAACUAAUAUUUCGUCGAAAAGAUCAAGAAGAAGAAAAAAGUAGAUUUUGAUCAUUUAUAACUUCAUAAUUCUUAUGUUUUGUUACAUAUUGUAAUUAAAUGUUAGUUAUUUUAUACAUUACAAUACAAAUAAUGAGACAGUAAUUAAAAUUGUAUUCAAUGUUAUUUUAUUAUAAUAAUAACAUAAACUAUUAUUAUAAAUAAUGUUUGUGUUAUUUAUAACUGACUGGAUGUAAUAU